UUGCGGAUAACUCAGGCGGGUCCGAACUUCGACGCUGAAACGUGGUUGAAACACCUCGCGUACUCUCUUCCGUAUUUUCAUUCUGAUAUAUUAUUUUCUGAUAAUUACGUAAAAUGUUAAACACCCGGAGGUGUAAAAAUAAUCGACGUGCAGCGGAUUUUUUCGGGUGAUUAUUGUUUACAGUUAAUCAGUCCUCAACUUUUUUGAAAUUCAAACGAGAGUGAUUGUACAAGUGGAAAAAAAAGUUUUUAUAUCAUGAGUUCCUACAAAAGCUAUAACGAUUCAUCGGGAUAUAGGCCCAGAAGUGGCGCCAGUGUGGGCGUUACGUUGGCCCGAAAUCCUGUGUCUGGGAGCACCAGUCUGCCCAACUACCGUACGAGCUACUCGAGUAAUUUGACCAGUACAUCGAGAGGACUGGGUACUGGUAAAGACAGGAUCAACGGUGUGGUUUCAUCUGGUUAUGGUAAUGCUGCACUCAAUAAGAGGGACAUCAAGAGUCAUGAUCAAACGUACAAUAAAUAUUCAGCUCAAAAAUCAGACAAAAAUCGCCUAAAUCCCGGUCGCACAUCAUUGGAGGAUGUACGCAAGAGUCCAAUACCAGAGAAAACACUCUUUGAGAAGUACUCAUACCCAACAAAAACAGCAGAUCGACCGUCCUCAGUCCUCGAUAAAUACAAUCGCAGCAUUGCAUCACGUGAUAAACCCAGAGAGCAAGAAAUAACACAGCGCUAUAUAGUAAAUACGUAUCCAGGUUCCGGAGCACGUUGUAACUAUGACGUGGGACCGGCCGAAAAGAAGGAGCGCACUGAGAAUUCAUCGUACAAAAGUGUACGUGCUACUGGCGGAACUUGUAGAAGUUCGAGAGAGCCAAGUCCAGAAGUUGCUACAAAGAGCUUCAGAGUUUACCCGAGAGUGUCGAAUUAUGGACGCAGUGGAAGUUCAACUGAAACAACUCCGAUUGCCUCGAGGUAUCCCAGCUCAUCUAGAUACACUCCCUCUAUAUCACGUGCUGGUGAACGAACAGCAACCCCCGUUGGCUAUUCAAACUCAGAGAGACUGCGUUCACCCAGUGUGAAAAUACCUUCAAACUUCAAAGAAGACUGUAAGGCAUUGCCGUCGGCCAGUUGUGAGAUUGCAACUGAAAAGUCAAGAAAGAUUGAAAAUAGUACAGUGACGGAAAAUCCGGAAGUAACAAUACCCGAGGAAAAUGACAACUUGCCUCCUCAAGAGACAAAAGUUGAGAGUGUUAUUACAUUAACAGUAAUUUCAAGAGGCACAUCACCGGGCCCCCCGGCGUCAUCGUCAUUCGUGCGUAAUCGGAGAGCAGAGGCAGCGAGAUUAAUUCAAAAGGAAAUAACAAAGUUGAAGAGGAAAUCGGAGACGAAAGACGCUGAGAUACAGUCGGAUAAAAUAGACGAUUGUUCAACGAGGUACUCGAGAUUUGCCAGUGGAAGAGUUUGGCCUUCGUAUCUCGACAAAUUCCCGACGUCUGGUUCAUAUUCACGGAAUUAUGGACCGAGAAUUAGUGGCUUUACUUAUGAACAACAAUCUGGCGAUUCUCGAGACAAAUCGGCACGUGGCGAAGCUCAAGAGAAACAAUUUAUUCAAGAGGAUAACAAUGGGAAGAAAUACGAAGGCACUUUGAUACCUUCAAGAAGUUUUGGCCAAAAAAUUCAAAACUUUGGGUACCAUAACGGAGCUGCGUCGACGGAAGACCCGGUGGAUGUUUGUUCACAAUUGACUUCUUCGAGCACUCAGGGUCUUAGUAGACAAGACUCCAAUAAUGAAAUUUCUCCGAAGCCAGAGGUGUCGCCAACUGGUCAAAAUGAAAGAGAAAAAGAAGGGAAGAAACCGAACAAUCCCCGUAAAUACUGUCGAUCGUUGAGCCAAAAAUUCAGUUCUUUUAACGACGAUACGAAUAAUCACAAGGAGCCAGAGAAUCUGACUGGUGAAGAAUCAAAAGGAGAUAAACAGCUGAAGAGGCGGGGUGGUUCAGUAAGUUCAACAGCAUCGUCGGAGGGUGUAGCCAAAUCAAUAUCACGUAAUAGCUCAACAAAGUCCCUGAAUCAGCAGCGUCAAAUGACGCGUACCGACUCGUCGGAUUCAUCUGUCAGUUUGCCAACUGGCAAAUGUAAAUCCUCGAACGCCCCUAGUCAUCAGGCAAAAAUAAAAGGCAACGGAUCUCAGUCUUCUUCGGUGUCCAGUGGUAGAGUGAAUAGCAACAGGACAAGUGGUUCUGAAGCACGUGGAAAACCACCGGUACCUAAAAUUUGUGAGGUUAAUGCUAAUAUGAAAAUAUCACCUGCGACAAAAUAUGUUAAUAAGGAUUUUCGCAAGUCUGCUCUUAACAUGCCGGACGCCAGUGAAGCUAUGAGACUUCAGUAUGAGCGGAAAAGAGGGAAAAAAAUGCAGAGAAGUGUUUCAAUCAGUUCACAAGACUCAGAAUCGAAUAACAGUGAGAGAAAGAAUUGUAGUAUCGCGAGGAGUGACUCGAAGAGUACAUCACUGCCGAGAUUCAGUGGAUUACAGACCUCUAGAAGUGGAUCCAAGAUGAGGAGAAAACAUUCGAGCUCAGAGAGUAGUGAUUCGAGCAGUGAGUCUUCAAGUACUGAAGAUGACGAGGGAUCUGCCUCUAAGAGGAUUCGUUGCAAGAGAAUUUCCAAUUCUCCGAAAAUGGAGAGAAAGAGGACCAUUAGUGGAGAUUUUUCGAGGACCAGUGCACUUGCCUCCUCGGCCGACGAAUUGUCGUUUAAUAUGGAGAAACCUCCUAGGCCCUCGCCGAGUCCACGAUCCCGAAGUGAGAAGUCACUGAAAUCUGAGGAAGCCAAAUCUUUUCUAAUUAGAACGCUCACGCCUGUUACAAAUUUUUUCAAAAAUAAGGAGGACAGUGAGGGAAAUUUAGAAGAGAAUUCAGAAGGGAUGAGAAUAUCGCGGUCACCGUCAGUAAAUAAAUCAAUUUCGUCGAGCUUGGGAAAUAGCCGAAGUUUUUCACACGAAAAGAGUUGCGAGAGAACGGGACAGGGGACUUUGAGACAUCAAUCAUCGGGCGAGAAACCCUGGUGGAUGGACUCGAACUCGGAGAAUGUGCCUGAGGGUGUUGAAAGGAUGAGCGUUUGUCAGGAUGAGAUCAGCCAGGAGACAACUGUCAGUACGAAUCUUCCUGAUGAUGGUAAAUUCAAGACACGAAUUUGGCGACAGGAUUCGGGAGAACGUCCCUGGUGGUUUGAUACAGAUGAGGUGAAAAAAGUAACGUCAGCAUCCUCCCCAGUGGCGAGAAAAAAUUCAAGUCGCACAUCAAGCGAACGUAGGAAUCGUUUAAAGCAUCAGCAGUCUGGAGAGAGAGCCUGGUGGUUGAGUGAGGAUCCAACAGACGUGCCUGAGGGCAUUGAGGUUUAUCCUCCAGUUGCCAUAGUGUCACCGAUAAGCGUUAGCAAGUCCAGUGGUGACAACUCAGUGAGCCUCGUUGAGGACGAGACACAUACGAGGAGCCACCAUAGGAUAAGUCACGUCGAGUCCGGUGAGAGAGCUUGGUGGAUGGACAGUAAUUCCAAUAUACCAGAUGGCAUUCAAAAAAUAACUCCGGAUCGAGAAACAAAUAGUAAUUCCGAUGAUUCAGACGAAUCAUUAGAGAAAUUUGAUAUAUUACAGUCACAUUCAGUGGACACACAGUCGAGGUCAAUAUCAACAUUUCCUCUUCAAUUUCCACCACCUCCCAACGAGCCACUUGGUGAUCGCGCUAGUCCCGAAGGAAUCGAGAAUCCACCAGAACCACCCAACUGUUACGAGGGUCGUGGCUCACCCUACGACAACGUUCAGUCACUUGGCCGCUCGACACCCCGUAAAUCUUACAGGAAACGGCCAUCAACCCUACCCCUCUUCAUUGGGAACCACACAAACAUCGACGAUCUACUUGGCCAAGUAACACCACGCCAGAGUCCCAUAAUGUCCCGUAUACGCAAACAGGAAAUGAUGGAGGACGAUUUGGAUGAUAGCUCUGAAUGCGAAGAAAUUGAUGCUGACCAGGUGAUAAUUCACGACAGCACCCCACAAACGCCGGUCAUCCAGCGUCGUGGAAGGGACACUGAGAGACCACAGCCAGACGGUUACAUUCCGUUGGAUGAUACGGCCCUUCAACUUUACAAAGAUGGUGAUUAUGGUGCUUAUCUGGAUCUUGAGGCCUCCAUCAGUGAACAGCAGGAGGAGUUCGAGGGCUUUCAGACAAAUCGGAAAAAUUCCAUCGUUCUGCGCACUCAACUUUCUGUACGAGUGCACACCAUAAUAGAAAAAUUACUGAACAGCGAGGGCCGAGAACUGCGACGGGCGCUCUUCUCCCUCAAGCAGAUCUUUCAGGAGGAUAAGGAUCUGGUUCAUGAGUUUGUGCAGAAUGACGGGCUGGCAUGUCUCAUCAAGGUCGGCAACGAGGCGGACCAGAAUUAUCAGAAUUAUAUACUCAGAGCUCUGGGCCAGGUGAUGCUCUACGUAGACGGUAUGAAUGGUGUUAUGGAGCAUGGCCAGACAGUUCAAUGGCUCUACACCCUCAUUGCCAGUCGGUUUCGGCUCGUCGUCAAGACCGCCCUCAAGCUCCUACUUGUCUUUGUUGAGUACGUUGAGACCAACAGCCUUCUCCUAGUACGUGCUGUACGGUCAGUUGACACUUCACGUGGUAUGAUACCAUGGACUAAUGUGAUGAAGCUUCUGAAGGAUUACGAUGCAGCUGACACUGAAUUACUCAUUUAUGCAACAACACUCGUCAACAAGUGUCUCAAUGGUAUACCUGAUCAAGACACUUAUUAUGAUCAAGUUGAUUGUCUUGAGGAGCAGGGAAUUGAGGGAAUUAUUCAACGGUAUAUGUCAAAGCAAGGAACCGAUUUGGAUUUACUCAGGCAAUUUCAGAUUUACGAGGCUGUUUUGCAUCACGAGGAUGGCAAUGAUAGAGGCUCACCCAUUCGUCAGCUUGACGAUAACAUCAGGAAAACCCUGAGGAAUAGAAAAUCCCUCGUAGAUUCCCAAGAGCGUCGAAAAUCUCGCAGACAUUCAACGGGCACAUCGCCACUAUCCAUGUCCUUAAAUGCCCGGCUGAGUCCACGUCUGAAUCAUUCUCUCGGUUUGAAUUCACUGAAUGGUACACUCAAUUCAAGUUUACUCGACGACGACGACGAGUCCAGUAGUUCACAAAGCUCACAGGGACUUGGUGAUGUUCAACUGAAUGGAAGCUACAAGGAGAACAAAGGUGGAUAUCCGAACGAUGUCGGAGUGACUCCGGCAUUGAGACGGAGACGAGAGAGGGCUGAACGUCAACGUAGCUUUAUCAGAGAGCAGCAAGAAGCCACAGCAAACAUGAGGGCCACCAUUGGUAAUGCAGAGGAUCAAGAGGGACCAUUCGUUUCAAAUGGAUCACGGUACACGAAUGGCACAACGUACGAACGUAAUGAUUCAAGUUCCAACAAGAUAUCAAGGGCCAAUAGCCGCAAGGAUCUCACGCCACUGAUGAACGUUGCUAACAAGCUUGAUUCGGAGGAAAAGAAACCGUGGUACGGUAAGAGUCCGGAUGAGGGGGUGGAGUGUGAUGAGGGCAAUCAUACGGAUGAGGAUGAGGAUCGUAGGGUACUUGUGCAGAUGAAACGGGAUGGUACUGUCAAAGAUUUAACCCAAAAAUUGACUGCCCAAAAUCUCAUCCCCAGCAGUCCCGUUGAAGAUAAAGUAUCAAGGAUAGGGGACAUGAGUGGCUUGAUAUCAAAAGCUAAAGAGGGCUUGGCAAAAUCGAAAUCCAAAGCUGACAUUGUUAAAUCACCAACGGGUGACAGUAUUCCAAAAUUACCCGAAAUCAAGAAAUCGGAGAAUGAACUUCACUGGGAAGAGCUCGUUAAUCAAUUGAAGCGUCCAUUGGCACUUUGUGAUCUCGAUUUCACUGAUCUCAAUUCAGACGAUGAAAUUGACGUACUGGGGCCCGUUAACGUGACUAAUGGAGUACCACCUCCACCACCCCCCAUGAUAUCAAGCCAGAAUGGAACAAAAGCAUCAGCAGCACCCCCACCACCACCACCUGGUGGAAGAUUUCCACCUCCUUUUCCCAACGGUCCGCCACCACUUUUUGGUGUCAAUCUAAAAUCUUCAAGAUCAUGUCCAAUUACGGAAUCCCCGGGGACAAUAAAAACUCCACCACCGCCGACAAUUUCCAAGAAGAGUAAAAAAACUGUUAAACUUUUUUGGAAAGAAGUCAGAGACGAUCCCAUAAUUCUCUCGCGUCUAGAUAAAAACAAGAUGAUCUGGGAUGAACUACAACCGGUGCCAGUGGAUACCCAAAAAUUGGAGCAUCUCUUUGAGAGCCGAGCAAAGGACCUCAUCACCAAGGAGAAACAACAGGAGAUGAAUAAGAACAAGGAGAUAAUUGUUCUGGAUCACAAGAGAUCGAAUGCCAUUAAUAUCGGUAUGACUAAGUUACCACCGCCCAGAUCCAUCAAAACUGCUAUUCUCAAAAUGGAUGCUACCAUUAUGAAUCGAGAAGGGAUUGAGAAACUUUUAACGAUGCUACCAACAGAAGAAGAACGAUCGAGGAUCCAAGAGGCGCAGGCCGCCAGUCCUGAUCUUCCACUUGGUUCGGCUGAACAGUUUCUCCUCACUCUGGCUUCUAUAUCCGAAUUGCCGGCGAGAUUGAAGCUCUGGGCGUUCAAACUAGACUUCGAGAACUCGGAGAAGGAAAUUGCGGACCCUUUGAUGGAUCUCAAGCAAGGAAUGGAAACUCUGAGAGUGAAUAAAACGUUUCGGGGUAUUCUGAGCACGCUCCUAUCAAUCGGGAUAUUCCUAAACGGAAAUGAGGUAAAGGGCUUUCAACUCGAAUACCUAGCCAAAGUACCUGAAGUCAAGGACACUGUGCAUAAGCACUCACUCCUCCAUCAUCUCUGUCACAUGGUGAUGGAGAAGUUUCCAGACUCAACAGACCUCUAUUCCGAGAUAGGGGCAGUAACUAGAGCAUCAAAGAUCGACUUUGACGAGUUAGCAUCAAACAUUUCCAAACUCGAGAGCGAAUGCAAGGCGUCCUGGGAUCAUCUGAAACUCAUCGCCAAACAUGAUGGCUCGACUAUGAUGAAAGUCAAAAUGUCGGAUUUUCUUGCUGAUUGUGCGGAAAGAAUAAUAGUCCUCAGUAUUGUACACCGACGUAUCAUCAAUAGAUUUCACAAGUUUAUUCUCUGGCUGGGAAUUCCCCUUCAUCGUGUGCAGGACACAAAGCCAAAUGAGUUUUGCAGAAUAGUGUCAGAGUUUGCCCUGGAAUACAGAACGACCCGGGAGCGUGUCAUUCAGCAACUGGAGAAGAAAGCGAAUCAUCGGGAGAGGAAUAAAACCAGAGGGAAAAUGAUAACUGAGGUGGGUAAAUUCAGAACGAAAGAGGAUCGUGCAGAUGCUGAACUCAGACAGCUUUUGGGCAGUGAUAUUUCUGAUGUUGAGAGUCUACAUGGUACUUUACCAUGGCGCAGGCAGAGAAAAGAUGGACGUACAGCGCUGGGUCCAAUCCUGAGGGACGAGUCAACUAACGGCAACGUGACAGAUGGUGAUGACGAGUUGCUCGAGUCCCUGGUGAAAACUGCAACCAAGUCACCAGCAACAAGAACAACACCAAGGGAGAGAAAACGAACGAGACACGCCGAUCGUAAGUCUUUGAAACGAUCACGUACCCGUGAGAACAACACAACGCCAGAAGGGUACCGACCCUGAAGAAACACGCGAAUACACUUGGUAUAACACCUCCUCCUCACCCAAAGUGAGAAGAACGUUGAAGAAUGGACUGUCGGAAGAAGAAAAGAAGCACAUUGCUGCGUACAUAAAAGGCUACUGAAUCUAUAUUAUUACGAUAACUGUGAUAUAUAAUGUGCGCCAUUGAUGCCUCAGACGUUUUUUUUUGAGGUGAUGAAGAUGCAACGUUUUCGUCAGCUUCUCUCGGUGAAUAAACGCAGUGAAAACGGAACGACUGUGGAAAGGCAAAGAAGAGUAUCUCUGUUCGAAAAUAAGGGGCUAAGAAAAUUCAAUAGAGGGGGGAUAUGAUCUAUGAAAACAUAUUUUCUGGUGGUUUUCGUGGUGAAAAAUCAUACGAUGGAGAUUGUAGCACGAUAGAUCGACUUUUAUCACUUGAUAUUUGAAUUGCAAUGAAUUUUCUUUUUCGAUGAAAACAUUUCGAAUUGGAUGAGAACAUGUGCAUUGCCGACAUUGCAUUUGUGCAUUCAAUCGUGCCUAGUCUCAUUCCUCUUUCCUUUCCUCUUCUUCUCAUUCGGUCUACCGCAGCUUGACUCUGCUGAUUAACAAAAAAUGUAACACCGACGUCAGGGCUCUUACGUAAAUGGCGUCCUCGUGAACGUACCCCGGGAAUUUCCCCAGUUUACGGAGCUAAAGUGCAAUUUCGAAACAAAAAAUUAUGGGAAUUUCUAGUUAACGCUUUCUGUAACUAUUCAAGUUUCUCCGAUAUUUUGAUUCGAUGGUCGAAGAUACAAAUGGAAGUCGAUCCAUCGUGCUUCACUGUGAUAAACUAAUGAAUCUUAUAAUUUCAUUUAUUCAAUGAUAAUGGGGAAAUUAAAACUUUGGGAAAAGCAUUUUCCUGAGUGAUUGGAAAAAUUAACCGAUUUUAGAAUGGAGACUCAAAGUCAAUUGCCUUAUUAUCUACGAGAACGUAGAUGCACGAUGAGAUUUAAACUAGCCUUAAUCUUUAUUUUAUUAUCGAUGAGAUAUCAUGAAUGGGGGAUUAUCAUGUGAAUAAAUUUUUGUGAUUGAUGUUUCAUGAAAUAAAGAACGAUGAAUACAUUACCUGCGUGUUUGUUUCGUUUAUUCGGAUCAUUCAGUUAAUCUAGAUCUGUCUUCGGACUUCCGAUGAAAAAUAUAUAACGAAAUGGCCGAACGGUUUAUGAGAAUGGUGGCUGUUGAUCAUGUUUCAAUGAAAAUAUCGGAAUUUAACGUAAAUAAAAAAAAAAAUUGCCAUCCACUUUGGAUUCGGGCAUAUUAAUUAAGAAUAUUGAAUUGAUCGAGAUGAACUGUAAACUCUUCACGUGUAAAUUAACAGUAUUAGCCACUGCACGAUGCCAUCAGUAAAUUCAAUUAAAUUAAAUUUUUAUAUUGCAUUUAGUGAAUUAGUGAAAGUCACGCAAUUCUAUCCAUCGACGCUGAAACUGAGGGCUGUUCAGUUAAUUACACUCGGCUCGCUGUAAUAUAAAUCUCCCAAUAGGUAAAUGGGAAAAUUUAAUGACCAUCAGAGCUUUUUUUAACAAAAUGUGUACACGACACAUGAUUUAUUAUUAACCUUCGUCCAACUUUAACAACAUACAAUAUAAUGUAGUAAUAAAACGUAUUUUUAGUUUUACCUUAAUAAUGAUAGCGACGAGAACGUCCAUUUUUGUUAUUUUUCUCUUAAAAUCUUUCACGCUCUCUGAAACAUUCUCACGCUCACAAAAAAAUUAUCAACUUCAUUAAUUUUCAAUUUCACAUAUUACAAAUUUUCUUAUCAACUUAUUCAUGAAAUGUUGGAAUAUUUUUUUUUCGAUAGUCCAGAGUUGUUCUCAGAGUACCGAGGAAGUAGAAAUUUUACAGAUUUGUAUGUCUUAUUUACGAGACGUUCGGGGGUGAGGCGGGGGAUAUACAGAAGCAUCAGAAGGAUGGUGAAGGGUAAAUUGAAAUGAUCAGGAAGAUUGUCGGCAAAGAUCCAGACUCACACGUUCACAAAAUUCAGAAUAUAUAUAUUUUUUUUUGUUUUUUUUUCAUUUUCAUAAACAAACCAGUCGCGUUGUAGGAUUCAGGCGAUCAUUUCUUUAAACCUAUGUAUACUGCACUCAGGGGAAUACACACAAUCUCACUUUGUGCCCACUCAUUCUGCAGAAGCAUAUGCACAAGAAAGAGUUCACAAAUUUUCUCUUGAAAAUCGAAA